UGGAUACUUGAGUGAGGGGCGGUGCUUAGUGGCGGCGGAGCAGCAGCAGCAGCAGCAGGGCCUCGCCUUUGUGGUCGUAGAGAGAAGAAGAUGGCUCCCGUUCUGGAGAAACAAGUCCCGGGUGCAGCCGGGCCAGGCGAGAACAACAACGACGACGAGGAAGGACAAAGCCUUUGGUCCUCGAUACUGAGCGAAGUUUCAACACGAUCGAGUUCAAAGUUGCCAUGGGGGAAAAAUAUCGUGGUGUUUGGCGAGGAUGGAUCAGGAAAAACGUCGCUCAUGGCCAAACUUCAAGGAGCCGAUCACAACAAGAAAGGGAGGGGACUGGAGUAUCUGUACUUAAGUGUCCACGAUGAGGACCGCGAUGACCUUACUCGCUGCAAUGUGUGGAUCCUGGAUGGGGAUGUUUACCACAAAAGCCUGCUCAAGUUCGCCGUUUCAGCGCAGUCACUACCUGACUGUCUGGCUGUGUUCGUCGCGGACAUGUCGCGGCCCUGGACCAUUAUGGAGUCACUGCAGAAGUGGGCCAGUUUGCUACGUGACCAUGUAGACAAGCUCAGGAUCCCUCCUGAGAACAUGAGAGAAAUGGAGCAGAAAAUGGUGAAGGCGUUCCAAGAGUACACAGAACCAGAGGACGCCACCUCAUCCUCCCCACAGAGACGGGCUCCAACAGCAGGGGAAGAUGAGGCCGUUGUGCUGCCGCUUGGGGACAACACACUCUCAUACAAUCUGGGCAUUCCAGUGCUAAUAGUUUGCACAAAGUGUGACGCAGUCAGCGUACUAGAGAAGGAGCAGGACUACAGAGAGGAGCACUUUGAUUUCAUCCAGUCCAACAUCAGGCGAUUUUGCUUACAAUAUGGAGCUGGCCUGAUCUAUACUUCAGUCAAAGAAGAGAAGAAUAUGGAUCUGCUUUACAAAUAUAUAGUACAUAAGGUUUAUGACUUCCAGUUCACCACACCUGCCUUAGUGGUGGAGAAGGAUGCAGUUUUCAUUCCAUCUGGAUGGGAUAACGAGAAGAAAAUUGGGAUUUUGCAUGAAAACUUCACAACAGUGAGACCCGAUGAUCCAUUCGAAGAUUUUAUCACAAAGCCUCCAGUACGAAAGUUGGUUCAUGACAAAGAGAUAAAUGCAGAGGAUGAGCAGGUUUUCCUGAUGAAGCAACAGUCUUUGUUAGCCAAGCAGCCAGCCACGCCAACAAGAGGAGCAACAGAGUCUCCAGGACGGCCAGCGUCAGCAUCUCCCAGGCCUGCGGGUCGAUCUGGCCAACCCACCGUGACUAGCGGCUCACCAAUGGCUGCCGUUAAAAAGCCUGACCCCAACAUGAAAGCGGGGGCUGCCAAUGAGGGAGUGCUGGCUAACUUCUUCAACAGUCUGUUGAGUAAAAAGACUGGUUCCCCAGGGAGCCCAGGAAGUGGAACAGUGGGAGCUGGAGUGCAAGGGUCUGCCAAGAAAACAGGGCAGAAGCCGGGUUUGACUGAUGUCCAGGCAGAGUUGGACAGGAUGACUCGCAAACAGGACUCCAUGGUUCCAGCUAACAACAUACCACCGCCGACAGAGAACGAAGCGUGAAGGCAACAAAAAAAAGACGACUGCAUCGUCCACUGCGUUUUAAUGCCCUGGAAAAAUACAUGUACAUGUGAGCAUAAAAAAAAAAGACCAAAUUCCCAAUGUCUAUAUCAGUCAGCGCACAGUGGUUUCACCGAAAUGAGUUUGAGAUGCUAUGAGAUAUUUUGGUGUUCCGGAGAGAUUGGAUGAGAGAGAUAACAGAGAUGGCAGUGUAAUGAGAUAAGUGCUGAAGGCUUGGCUUUAUUUCUGUCCGCUCUUCCAGUGUAAAUGUUAUUUUGUGAGGGAUGUCAGUUUAUGGAAAUGUGUGCACACUCCCUGGCUGCCCGCCUGAUGUGCUGGGCUGCAGGCUCCCCGGUUCGGGGUAGAACACACUCUCCUCGUGGGUUUAAAGAGUGGAAACAUACUGAUCCUGUGGCCUCUGGUUCAGCCUGUCUAACGGAAGGAAUUUGGUUGCGAUUGGAAAGGUAUUUAAACUACAAAUAUAUUCACUGAAAACGGUAAUAAAAAUACUUGCAAACAUAUGUAGUAUGGAGAAAAAAAAGAGAAAACUGUUAGAUAUGAUUCUGAUGUAUUUAUACAAAGUUCUGCCUAUUUUAUUUUGUGCACCAUUUAUGGUUUAAGGAAUCAUUGAUCUGCAUCUCAUUACACGUUAAAAUGCCACUGACGUCAUGACACUAAUAUGACAGGUUCCAUAUAGCUGACAGCAUAUCAUAUCAUUUGCCCGAGUCAUCUUGAAGGAUUCUGUAAAUAAUAAUGACGACAACAACAAGAAAUCUAUUCAGGUUAAUUUUGAUUUUGUAUAAAAUGCAAUUCUGUCCAAAUUCUGAAAAAUGGCUCCUUAGACUAAAUGAGACUGGUUGGGAUUUGACAGACUUGGAGGAUUCAACAGAAUCUCUUCUUUAUCUGCAGUUAUGUAUAUUUGGGGAGGGGGUUGGGCAGCAUCUUUCCUACUUUAACUCCUAAGUGCCUCGCACCAUUAGCUGUUCGUGUCGUAGUAGAGGUGCUUGUCUACAUGAGAGGAAAGCCACUAGCACAAUCGAUGAAAAGGGGUUUUGUCCAUUUCUUGUCAUCCAAAUAAUUUAUUUCAUUCAAAAUUUUUGCUAAUGUACAACAAGCCUGUGGUCACUGCUAUUUAAAAAAAAAAAAAAAAAAAAACAUGACAAAACUUCUGUGUUCUAGUGUUUAGUAGAGCAAUAGAUUUGAAUGCCUUCAUCCAAACUGUAAUGGCUGCUGAUAUCAAAAAGAAACCACACAGUGGAACUUUUGGGUCCAACACUUGUUGUGGUUGAAACCACUUGCUUUGCAGCUAAAACGCAUACAACCAGAAUGGCACUCAGUAGAGCGCACAUACCUCCGCCAAAGCCCAACAGCACCACAUUGCACACACUCGUCGAUAUUAGUAAUCCCCAAUAUGCCUGAUUUAUUUUCAUUUUUUUCAUCAAUAGCCAUGCCUUAUCCAGUGUCAAAUCAGCGAAAAUGUCCUAAAAAAAUGGCAUGCUAAAGAAAUUGGGAGAAAAAAAGACAUCCUGAAUCCGCACCCCCAAAAUUUGAUUAUGCAUUGUUGGCCCAUAUCCCCUCCUUCCACCAAGAUUUGUGGAAAUCCAUUCAGUCGUUUUUGCAAAUUUCUUUAAAAAAAAAAAAAAAAAUGACACUGGGCCAAAACAUAAACAACUUGGCGGAGAUAAUGAUUUGCUGUGGUUUGAACAAACUUAAAUAUUGGAUUGAUCAGUGUUGUGAGAAGCAAUGUCCUCUUUCACUCUUCAUGUGUUUUAUUCACACUGUACUUCACACGUCAGUCAAAAACAUUCCCUGUUUCCAAGUGGCUGUAGAAACGCAUCCCUGUAGGAAACCGUUCGUCCCCGACAGAUCUUUUUGUUCCGCCUCUCUCUGUGCCCUUUUUAAAAAUGACAACCUUUGCCUUCGAUGUACAGCUUUUUACAGUUUGUCACACUUUGCGCCCUGCCUUCGCGGGACAUGCUCCUAAUUAAUUUGCGUCCUUAUGGGGUUGCUUAACUGUCUUAUGUCAUUUCUUUUCAAUUUUUAAAGUUAAACCAUGAUACUGUACCAUAUCAAAUAACCUGUAAUAAUAUUCAUGGUUUCAUGGUGCCAUAAUCUAAUCAAACUUUGAAGUGUACACCCUCAUCUUGAGACUGUAUGCAAGGCCCUACUUAAUCCUAUGGAUAAUGUAUACCAGUCGCUUCACAGAUUAAGGGGACGCGUGAAGAGAGCAGCUGUUGGUUAUUCAAAUAACAAUGGCGAGAAAAGAAAAACUGGAGUGAAUUGUAACAAGGAACCAAAGAUACAUAUUACAUCUAUUUUUUUUUUUCUGCUUUUAUAGUUGGUACUCAUCCAUAAGAUUAACCAGUGGCCAUUUUUGUUUGUGUCCUACUCUUGCAUGGAGUCCUUGCAUUCCACAUUUCAUCCCUGCCUGUGAACUCUGUUGUGAUUUACACCCCAUAAAAUGCCUUACUCUAGUCAACUAUAUCUGCGAUAUCAGAAGUCAAAAACAAAAUGCCAUCAUCGUGUUGGGGUACACCAUGUCAAAUUUUCUAAACUGGUAUAGAAAUACAAUGCAAUGAGGUUUAACUUCAUUUUGGAAAGAAAAAUAAACCUUUGCUCUGUAAGGGAUUAACCACAACUGUAUGCAUGAUUUGAUGUCAAAAUGAUGCAACUGUACACAACCGCUAUGGUUUACUUUUGAUCAAAAUGAAGCUCUUAUUGUUUUUAAUUUUCCUCUUUAACCUUUUUUCUUUUCUUUUUUUUGGUGACUGGGUGUAAUAUGCACCUGAGGGUCUGUUGCUGAAGUGGAUAAAGCACAAUUUAAGAGCAGCCAGGAGCAGCAGCACCACCUCAUGUUUAAUCAAGCACUUUUUCUAUGGACACUUGUAUCAAUUCCCUGUUGCUACAGUUAAGAUACAGAAUGCAUAUUUUUCUUUCUUUUUGCCUUACCUUCUUAGAUCAUUUCGCAAUGAACAUAGAAGUUACACCUGCACAGUAAAACUGCAUUGUUUACUAGCCCCUUGACGUUAACAAUGGAACUUACCCUGGCGAUACUGUAAGUUUAAUACCAAUCCUUUAGAAAACAUUUGUCAAUACACUUUUGCGAUGUUAUUCCUGUUUGGGAGGCGGGGGGUGACAUCUUUAAAUAGAUAAACCAAAUGUCUAUUCAUUUUCAGGGUUGUCUUUUUUUUUUUCUUUCAUGAAACAUCCCCUGGUUUGUUUGUUACAUCCUACACAGGCAUGUCUUGCUUUCUGUUUUUAAUUAUGGUUUUGCUGAUGGACACUUUUCUGUUGCAAAGAAUUUUGAAAACGUCAACCUCACGUAAUUAACCACGCUGAUUUUAACUAAACGAAACAUCACCACACCUGUUGAUUUUGGCAUUUAGCUGAGUGGAAUGAAGUGCUCUCAUGUUGCUCGGUCUCAAAGUUGCACUUACUCAUUGUGAAGAUUGGAUGUUGCCUCCUAGAUUGAAUUAUGAACAGAUGUUGUAACUUUUGUACUCCGACGUCAGUUGAAAGCAACUGCCUCCUCGCAUCCUAACUGAAUUGCCUUCGACCACUAUCGACGGACCGCAUCGAUAUGAGACUAUGAGCUUCUGCUUCCAGUACUUUUUGUAUUCAGGAUAUCAUGAUAUUGUAAACACAUGGCUGGCUGCUUUUCUUUUGUGCGUCCUGAACUAAUUAAGAGGUUUGAUUGUAUGACUUAAACACAAUUGUGUAGCCUCACAGCUGCCGUGUGGAUUAUAGCUUCUUACGCCGACAAAGAUAAGGAAAAUGUCUGUCAGACCCCUGGCUUCAAUAAAACCAAGAAUUCAAACAUU